CAGCAUUUGAGCCAACCACCCUGGUCGACCUUCUUCUGCCCAUCCCUGCCCAUCUGUCCAGCGUCCAUCCGGCAGCUAGGCUUCUUCGCUACCAUGUCCGCCUCCCCUGUUUAUGUCGCCAUCAUCAACAACAACCUCCCGAGCCAGUCGAUCCUGAUCGACGUUGGCUCCGAGGGCGUUGCUCCUCCCACCUUCCCACACCAGGCCCAAGCUCAAGCCCAAACCCAAGGCGAAAAGCCCGCUUUGGGGUACUCUGGCGCACGCAUCUUCCACGAUCUCACCUCGCUCUUGCAGUGCAUCGAGACCGAGUUUGGCAUCGCAAACCCGCGCUUGACGCCCUAUCCCGUUGACCCGAGCCUGCUGCUCAAGUCUGCCCUCAAGGAUCAAGCCGACCGGGUCUCUGAUCUCAAGGCCAGCAACCUCUGGUUUGCCAGCGGAUCUCCUGGUCGCCACCAGCUGCCCCUGCCUCCGGGACCCCCUCCCAAGCCGAUCCUUGGCAAUGUGCUGGACCUGCUUCCAAUUCCUAUUUUGGCCAUGAUCGAUCUGAACCAUAAAUACGGCCACUUUUUUCCCGUUUCUCUGGGUCCUCGUCCCGCCGUCGUGGUUUCCGAUCCCUACUUGAUCGAGGAGAUCAUGAAACAGGAGGAUUGCUUUGGCAAGUUCACCAACGCCGGCCCCCUUCAUUAUCUCAAACCGAUCGCCGGCAACGGCUUGUUUACCGCCAAUGACGACGACCCGGUUUGGGGCAUGGCCCACCGUAUCUUGAUUCCGGCGUUCUCUGUCAAAUCGCUGAGCUCAUCUAUUCCGCUUAUGAACCAGCAGACCAAGUUGCUGGUCGAAGCCUUCCGCACCCGUUUCCUUGAGAAGGACGAGACCUUUGAUAUCUCCGAGUGGAUGUCCAAAGUUACCUUGGACAUUGUCUCUCUCUUUGGCUUCUCGUACGAGCUCAACUCCAUCUCCAGUGCCGAGGAGCACCCCUUCGUUAAGCACAUGGUCUUCCUGUUUGAGUAUGCGAUGGGAAAAAACAAGCUCGGUCCGCUCUCGGGUAUUGCCGAAAGGAUCAACUGGCUCACUGGUUGUAGCAAGGAGCAGAAGGUUCAAGAGGCCGUCACCUUCAUCAUGUCAACCGUCAACGAGGUGAUCAAGGAGCACCAGGCCGAUACCGACAAGUACUCGGAUAUGUGCUCGCGCAUGCUCAAGAUUCAGGACCCAGAAACCGGUGUCAAGCUCUCUCCGGAGAACAUUGCCUUCCAGAUCGUCACUUUUAUGAUUGCCGGUCAUGAAACCACAUCCAGUCUGCUGACUUGGACUAUCUACAUGAUCGCCACCCAUCCCGAGGUUGAGCAAAAGCUCCGCUAUGAAAUCGAGACUGUGUUUGCCAAGGGCAAUGGCAACAUUGACGAGAAGUCUGUCGGCGAGCUCAAGUACACCCUUGCCGUUCUCAAGGAGACACUGCGUCUGUACCCUUCAGCUCCUGCCUUUGCCAAACAAUGCACUCGAGACACAUUUGUCGGACCCUACUUGAUCAAGAAGGGGACAACUGUUCUCUUCCAUGCCAUCAACACCCACCGCAACGCGGCUGUCUGGGGCGCCAAUCCCGAGGUGUUCAACCCCGACAACUUCCUGCCCCAGAACGAGUCCAAGCGUCCUCAGUACUCGUACAUUCCCUUUGGAACUGGUCCUCGUGCCUGCAUUGGCUCUCAAUUCGCCCUGAUCGAAGCCAGAAUUGUGAUUGCCCAUCUCCUGCACAACUUCAAGUUCACGAUUUCCGAUGACGCCGAGCCUGUCCUUCAGGUCAAGCUGGCCCUUCGUCCUCAUGGAAUUCGCGUCCACCUCAGCGAGCCCGGACCUAUCGACCUCACCAAGGCCCCUGCUCCUGCCAGUGCCCCGGCUCCUUCUCCCAAAGUUACUCUGGAUCUGGAUACUGCCAAACCCGCCAGCUCCAACCGCAGCUUUGUUAUCCAAUCCGAGGCCGAUCGACUCGAUGUUGGCGAGGUCCUCGUGCUGUUCGGCACCAACAUGGGCACCAGCGAGGACGUCGCCCGCAACAUUGCCGACUCGGCCGUCAAGCUGGGCUUCAAGCCCACUGUCGCUUCUCUCGAUACCUAUGCCAACGAGAAGCUCUUUGGCUUCAAGUUUGUCAUCGUCGCGACCUCGACCUACAACGGCAACCCACCCGACAAUGCCAAAAAGUUUGCCAAGUGGAUUUCUGCCCAGGGACAGAGUUCCCUCAAGGACACCAUCUUUGCCAUCUAUGGCGUUGGAAACAAGCAGUGGAAGACCUACCAGGACUUUCCUCGUUUUGUCGAGACCUCCCUCGUCAACCUUGGCGCCACUCCUCUCCUGGAGCGCGGUGCCGGCGAUGUGGAUGGCGACUUUGACACCGACACGCUCAAGUGGACCAGCCUCUUCUGGGCCAGCGUUGCCUACACCUUCAAGAUCUCUGGAUCAGAUGUCAGCAACGUCGUUGAUCCCUCGCCCGCCUCCAACAGCAUCGAAGUCACCUGGGCUGGCAAAGCCACCGAUGCGUUCCUGCAGAACUUCCAAAAGUCCGGCCUUGCCGUCAGCAACCGAUUGGGCCGCUUCCGAUACAUUGUCAAGAGCAAGACCCUGCUUACCAAACCCGGCGCCGUCAAGGAUGCUUGGUCGAUCGUGUUGGAGAUUCCCGCCUCCGAAACCAACAAGUACACUGCCGGUGACCACUUUGAGGUGUAUCCCCGCAACACCGAGGAGGAUGUUCGCAGAAUCCUGCCCAGUCUGGACUUGGCCGGCCACGGCAUCGACGAGAUCGUCAAGCUGUCCAACACCAACUCGAUUGCCAAGCGCGAGCUGCAGAUCUUUGACACUGAGAUCCCCCUUCGCUACGUUUUCAACGGCGUCGACAUUCGAACUGCCCCGACUCGCAACUUCCUCAAGUUCCUGUCGGGCUGCACCGAGUGUCCCCCCGAGAAGAACGCCCUCCUGCUGCUCGCCGGCACGGACGAGGCCUCGCUCCGAGCCUACACCGAGCAGAUUGCCAAGACCAAGGCCUCCAUCGCCGACGUGAUCGAGCGCUUCAAGAGCCUUCGCAUCCCUCUUGGCCAGUUCCUCGAGAAUGUUCCUCUCCAGAAGCCCAGACUGUACAGCAUCGCAUCGAGCAACCUCAUCACCCCAACCACGGUCGAGCUCUGCAUCGGCGUGCUGAACGAGGAGCACCACGACCUGAAGGGCCAGUCUGUGGUGUACAAGGGCCUGUCUUCCAACUUCCUCGCUGGACUCGAGGUCGGCGGCCCUCUCCUUGGCCACAUUCGUCCUCACGGCUCGGCGUUCAAGCUGCCCGAGGAUCCCAAGGCUCCCAUUGUCCUGGUCUGCGCCGGCACUGGCUUUGCCCCCAUGCGGUCCUUCCUCGAGGAGCGCAAGGGCCUCAAGCAGAAAGGCGUCGAGCUCGGCGAGGCCACCCUCAUCUUUGGCUGCCGCCAUCCCGACCAGGACGCCCUCUACUCGAGCGAGCUGCAGGCCCACCUCGAGUCGGGCGUGCUGACCCGCCUCGAGUACGCCUUCUCUCGCUUCGGCGGCCAGAAGGAGUACGUCCAGACGCUGAUCGUCAACAAGACCGAUCUGGCCGAGCAGCUCUGGACCGGCAUCAGCUCGCGCGGAGCCCAUAUCCUCCUCUGCGGCAGCACUGCUCUGGGCACGGCCGUCCGCGAGAGCUUCGUCAAGAUUGUCGAGCGCUUCGAUGGCCGCGGCAAGGAACGAGCCGAGCAGUACAUUGCUGCCCUGGCCGAGGCUGGCCGCUACGUCGUCGAUGUCUGGGGCUAACCGCACCGCAUCCAGCAAGCCAGUUUGCCCGACACGAGCGCCUUGACGGAGUGUGCCCUUGAGCUGCUCUUGAGAAAGCCAGCGAACUAGUCCUCGUCUCUCUUUGCUAUCCUUCAAUUUCACUUUGCCGGGUUUGAUUUGUUGUUUGGUGACAUAUGUUCCGUUGCUUCUCGGUUGGCGAGUGCCUUGCUCAGAAACGGCCAAUGCGCUCUUGAGGAAUAACCACUGGCACUUGCGCAACAUGCUCUGUCCUUUCGCUUUUCUUUCCAGAAGAAAUCUCAACUCCCUCGUGGGAUUGGCUGAGAUAAUACAUUUCUACUUGAUCAACA